CGGACACACUUAAACCUAUCCAAGGUUGUCACAGCUCUCUCUCUCUCUCUCUUCACACACACACACAUCACCAUCCAUUUCCUCUCCUCAUCCAGCAUCCAUCCUCUCAUAUCCCCACUUUAGACGAUGGAAAAUGGUGCAUAAGGACGCAAAUUGCGUAAAAAAAGGAGCAAUUGGUGUGUUACGGACGUGACGUCACUCAGACACAACAGUAAACAUGGCGACUCUGCAGGUGCGGGUAUUGUAUGACUUUGAAUCCCAGCCUGGAACUGGGGAACUAAGCAUCAAAGAAGGGGAGAUACUGACUGUUACCAGGCAGGAUGUUGGAGAAGGCUGGUGGGAAGGCUCCAAUGCUUUUGGUCAGGCUGGACUCUUUCCCGCCGCAUAUGUUGAGGAGGUAACAGCAACUGCUCCCCCUCCGAUGCCUCCACCUCCUUUGCCCACUGAGUAUGCCAAUGUUGGUGAUGAAUGGGUAGAAAAUAGGACAAAUUUGGAGUCAAACAAUUGGAAUGCAUCACAGGAUAACAAAGCCACAUCGGGUUUUAAUGUAAAUGCUCAAAGGCGGCCGGUAUCACAACAGAUGAGUUAUGAUAAUGAUGAUUGGGAUGAUGACUGGGAUGAUGAUGAUUCAGAGCCAGGAAACAACUACCUCAAUGGAGCAGGAAACUUUGGUUUAUCUGCACCAAAUCGUGCUGCCAAAUCGUCAAGCAGUGUUGGAGAUGUUAGCACAGCAGGUGGAGGGAUGAUAAAGCCAACAAACAUCACUCUUGGUGAGCAAGAGGACGAGCAAACAGGCUGGCAAGAGGGCAGGCAACUGAGUGAAAGAACAGGUCGGGAUGGUCGAGGAACAGUCAGAAAGAGCUUCAACCGCUUCUCAAACCUAGCAAAGAGUGGUGUUGAAGACUUCCUUGUAGGAGCAGGUAAAGCAUCAGUUGACGAGAAAGAUAAGGUUUUCGUGGAAGACUAUGGAAAUGGGCCAGUGUGGAAGCCAAACUCAAACGAGUUUACAUGCGCCAUAACAUCUCCAAAAAAAGAAUCAAAGUUUCAUGGAAUGAAGAGUUUCAUUGCAUACACACUGAUGCCUUCAUUCUCAUCAACGCCAGUUUCAAGGAGAUAUAAGCAUUUUGAUUGGAUACAAGGUCGUUUAAGUGAAAAGUUUCCUUUGAUACCAAUACCUCCAUUACCUGAAAAACAAAUCUCGGGAAGAUUUGAAGAUGACUUGAUAGAGUACAGGAUGACAAUGCUCCAGUCAUGGGUGGAUCGGAUAUGCAGGCAUCCUGUAAUAUCUCAGUGUGAGGUCUUUCAUCACUUUGUUACGUGUCCUAAUGAUGAGAAGCUAUGGAAAACUGGGAAACGCAGAGCUGAAAGUGAUAAGUUGGUUGGGGCUAACUUCUACCUGGCAAUUGAACGACCAGACACGGCUUUGGAUGUCAUGCAAACAGAGGCCAAACUUGAGGGUUACAAUCGCUUCUUCUCCAAUCUGGACGAGUCAGUAAAACUGCUCCAAAACACAUGCAUGGACCAAGCCAAAAAGCAUCAGACAGCUUUUAAAAGGGAAUAUAAUAAAAUUUCUCAUUCAUUCUCUAAGCUUAGCAGAGCUUUUGAUACAGAUCCUUCAAACUGUGCACCUGGUUUGACAGAAGCCAUUCACCAUAUGAGUGAAGCAUAUUCAGAUAUUGGUACUGUAUUUGAGGAAGAGCCAAAACAUGACUGGGAUCCCUUGUGCCAUCUUCUUUUUGAAUACCGAGGUCUCAUUGAUGGUUUUCCCAGUGUCAUUUCUAUAACUAAGGGAGCAAUAGCAAAGAGAAGACAAGUUGAAAAGGAAGCCAAUGAAGGACGGCUGGACUACGACCAAGUUCCCCCUAUGGUGAGACGAUCAGAUACGAUAGCUUAUGCUCUUCAUGCUGAAGUGGCUCAUUUCCAUCAAGAGAGAACAAGGGACUUCAAGAAAGCCAUGACUUCCUUCCUUACUGAGCAAAUAAACUUUUAUCAGAAGAUCACUGACCGGCUACGAGAGUCUCUGGAGAAAUUCAAUGAUGUGUAGGAUUUAUAUUGCUAGCGAGUUUGGAAAUUCCGUCCUUUCAUGAAUACCUGACUGAAGAUUUGCCUGAUGCCAAUAGUAGAAUCCAUUGGCAGGGGUUGAGGCUUCUUAUAAAUUGGCUAUUUUGUUUCAAGUAAAAUACAGUGUGUACAUGGUCUUUUGGUAUGCUAGUCUUCCUGUGCUAAUUUUUUUUUUUUUAAUACUCCACCAAGUUUUUUUUUUGUCAGAAAAUUUAAAGAUUGUUUUAAGGCCUUGUGUAUGCCUAGCAUUUUAACAGUUCAGUAAUAUUUAAAGUACUCAUAAUACAAAGAAAUAGUUGAAAAAUUAGAUUAUUAUAUAUAUUAGUGACAUGCUAAACUUGACCAGUUCUGCUGAAAAAUUAGAUUAUAGUAUAUAUUAGUGACAUGCUAAACUUGAGUACUAGAGUAUCAUGUCUGUGACACUUUUUAUUGAAAAAAAAUUAGACAUUUUAGAUUUUUAUUACAUUUGUAAUUUUAGGGUUGUAUUUUCAAAGAUUUCAUUACAUUUGAUUAUUACAUGUUUUCCACAUUUGAGAUUUUAUAUUCUUAUACAUAUUUUGCAAAACAAAGGGCUUUAAACCAAAGAAGUGUGUGAUAAUUUCUUCAUGUCUCUAACUUGGUUAAGUUUGAUGAGCAAGAAGAGGAGUCAUGGCCAUUAAGAUUUAGAUCAGGUGCUUUUAAACAUAUUGAACCUUUUCAGCAAUGUUCAUGUAUUGAAGAUGAAACAUUGAGCAAUACUGAAAUUGUUGCAUUUUGUUAGGGUCAACAGCUGAUCUUAAUAUGAUAAAUUUGGAAUGGAGAAAGUAUGUAUUCCACUACUAUAGAUUAGUUGUCAAGAUGUUUAGGUCUAGAAACUUAAAAUAUUAUUUUUAAGUCAUGUGUUUAAAUAUUGACUUUUGCCAGUAAUUUCUUAUAUAUAUAUAUAUAUAGUGCUGAUAAGAAUUUUUUGCCAUAUAUAUUGAACAAAUUGGAAGAGUGCCUUGAUAUAUACUGUACUUUUGUCCCAUCAUUUAUAAAGACAUGAUUGCUUUUGUUUGACCUGUUUAUGUUAAUCAUGUCUGAUGUAUCAAUCCACAUAUUGGAUCAGAAACAAAUGUACAUUUCUUACAUGUGUGUGUGUGUGUGUGUGUGUGUGUGUGAGAGAGAGAGACAGAGACAGAGAGAGAGAGAGAGUGAGAGAAUGAGAGAGAGAGAGAGAGAGAGAGAGAGAGAGAGAGAGAGAGAAUGAGAGAGAGAGAAUGAGAGAGAGAGAGAGAGAAUGAGAGAGAGAGAGAGAGAGAAUGAGAGAGAGAGAGAGAGAGAGAGAGAGAGAAUGAGAGAGAGAGAGAGAGAGAGAGAGAGAGAGAGAGAGAGAGAAUGAGAGAGAGAGAGAAUGAGAGAGAGAGAGAAUGAGAGAGACAGAGAAUGAGAGAGACAGAGAAUGAGAGAGACAGAGAAUGAGAGAGACAGAGAAUGAGAGACACAGAGAAUGAGAGAGAGAGAGAGAAUGAGAGAGAGAGAGACAGAGAAUGAGAAUGACCCAUUAGUGAGAGAUGUUGGUAUUAUCUUAUGACCAGUGUUUAACCCGUAAACGGUCCAAGCAGAUCUACAUUCACAUACAUAGUGCUCCAAAAGUAGGUCUAUGUUUUUUUUUACAUAUUUUCAAAUAUAACAAAAAAAAAUAGAUCAAAGUUUUUUACACAUUUUCAAAUGUAAAAAAGAAAAAAGAAUAUCUACUUUUUUUACAUACUUUCAAAUGUUGAAAAAACGUAUAUAUACGUUUAGACCGUUUACGGGUUAAUUUGUCAUAUAUUUUUAAGGUUUCCAGUGGUUGCACAUACAGUAUUACCACAUUUUGAAUCCCAUUCCAAUAUUUUACUAUAUUUGUGAAAAAAUGAUUAUAUAUCUUUAGUAAUUUUUAGCACUACUAUUUUUCUUAUUGUUCAGUUAUAGCUUCUAGUUCUUCCUGUUGAUGGUGCUAAAAAAUAUUUAACUAACUUCCAAAGGUCAUUUUCCGUGUUUUUUCAUACUUUUCUUUUGGCUCUGAGAGCCAUUUUGUUGUAUAUCUUUUUAUUUUAUCUUGUCUACAGGUAUUUAUAGGGGCAUCCACAACAUGACUGCUACAGAUUCCAAUAUCCUUCUAAAGUACAGUAUGUUGCAACACUUUUUUUUUUUUCUACACCAUUAUAUCUGAAGGCUAUUUUGAAGUCGAUCACUAGUUUCUCACCACUCUGUAUAGGAGUGUCGGUAACCUGUUUGACUUUGCAGGGGGUUAGCUAUAGCUUUUGAUCAUGCCUUUUAAUGUCUAGCCGAUUGAGGUAAAUUAACCUUCAUACUUCUUUUUGAACCCCUCCAUAUUUGAUAGCUUCCAUUAUGUCAUUUUCCACUUCAUAUUACUCUUAUGUUGAAGCAUUUUCUCAUACUCUUGUGGAUCAUUUGGGUGUGUAAUUUCCAUCCAUGCCCUCUUGUUCUUGUUCAUUCCUGGUAAGGAGCCUAUCCCUGUUUAUGUCCUGGAGUAUUUUAUGCCCCAAUAAUAUGCUUUUAUGAUCUUUACACAAGCUGCACAUAGGAGAGAGAAGCUUAUGAUGGCGUCUCGGUUCGGCGUGAGACAUAAAUGGUGCAAGUUGGACCAAAACAUCAUUGUAAGCUUCUCUCUCAUAUGUGCGGGUUAUUUGUGUAUUGUUCCAGUCACGGUAUUGUGCCUUUUUGUACUUCAUGUUCUUUGUUGUUACUGAGACAGACCUAGCUCUUGUAUUCUGUCUUUUUAGCAUAUUUCCUAUAACUCAGACACUAAUCUGGCAUACUUCUUGGAUAUUAUGUGUGUGUGUUUAAUUUCCUAUUUGGCUUUGCAAGGCUGGAGGUGAAAUCUAGGUUUUGAUACUGGCUCUUAACCUUUGAUUGAAGUGAAAUGGAUUUGUCAUAAUUCUGAACUCCUGUAUGGAGUUCAUCUUCAUUGUAUCUGUUCAAUUCAUUCCAAUAUUAUGUUUAAAAAGUGUUUUCAUACACCUCUGGCUUGUCUGGCUGUAUAGUUUCCAUGUCCUCUUCUAGUUACUUCUCUGGUAAAGUCAAUCCUUAUCUUAUUACUUGUUCUUCCAUAUAUAUAAGGCCUUUGUCUUUCCUUGCAGUAUAUUUCCCUUAACUCAACCUGACUAGGUAAGGUAGGUGUGUUUGUGUAUGUAGGUUUGUGUGUAUGUGUGUUUGUAUGUGUGUGUGUGUUUGUAUGUUUGUGUGUGUGUGUGUGUUUGUAUGUGUGUGUGUGUUUGUUUGUGUGUGUGUUUGUGUGUGUGUGUGCACGGACAGAGGUCUGUGUGCCAGUGUUGAUGUGUGCAUGCGUGUUUGUACGUGUGUAUGCAUUGAGUAAUAGUUUAGAUACUUGGUGAGUCUAUCUACUAGAGAUAUUGAUGAUAUAUAUAGGCUGGAUGUUACAACCCAGUAGUACAUACUUAGUAUAAAAUCAUCACAGAAUUUAUCUUUCAACAGUUUUGUGUUAAAUCAGUUUAAGAGAUGCCACUGCUACUAUAUUUAGUGGUAAUUCUUACGUUCAUUUUUUUGCCUCAUUGGCCAUUUUCACUUAACAUUUUUGUAGAUGUUUCAAUAACUUCACUAAUGUUUUCUAUCAAAUAUAACUUUUGCAGUACUGUAGUUAGAUUUUGCUUAUUAUUUAACUCUAAAAUACCAUUUUAAAAUCUGCCUUUAGUACUGUUUAUUAGGAAAGUGUAUUUAUUAAAAAAAAAAAUAGUGUUAUUAGAAUUGCUUAAGACAUGUGAAACACAGUGUGUGACACUCCUGGAACCUGUCAAGAUACAUUGUAAUUAAUGACCGAUUUUGCUAACAUUUGCAUAUUUUAUAAUUUGCUAGAGUGCAUCCAUGCAUACCAACUUAGCCCAUUUUAUAUGUUACUCUUUAAGGUUUGUACAUUUCCUUCAAAUAUUUUACAUCUUCCAGAUACAUCUUCAUCACACCUCUACCUUCAAUCAGAAAAUAUUCACACAAUUUGUACAGCCUAAUAAAUACACCUACAAGAAAUUCUCUUUGUCUAAUAGUAAAUAUGUGCAUGAGCGUAAGCAUGUGAAUGUGCGUGUGUACAUACAGUAACUAGAGUAUUUCCUUAAUGUUCCAAGGAAAAUGUAGUUCAGAAGUUAUCAGUUUUGUCUUUCUAUUGUGGUGCUCAGGGCUCACUUUCCAAACCCACCAUAUGCUUGCAGUAACAAUCAACUUGACUUUAUCACCUGAAGCCAUCCAGCCAAUAAGUCAGCCAUUAUUAGUGACUGUUCCUAAUUUAUGUGCAGUAUAAGAAAAAUGUAAUUAUAUUUUUCUGGCAGGUACUGUACUCCUUUACUAAUUCUGUUUAUUCUUCAUAUAAAUGCUGUUCAUAAAUAGGUAAUACCUUCACAAUUAUUUUUCUUAAAUGGACAGUUUAUUACCCAAAAAUAAUUCAGUGAAUACAUUGCAAAUUAUAUAGGUAGCAGAGAAGUACUUGAGAAUGUGAUGUACUGUGUACUGUGCAGCAGCUUGCCUAAUGCUAGGUUUUGGUAUAGUUCAUCUUAGUUGGUAAUCAAGGACUCUUUGCUAGAAAAUUUUGUCACUUGCCCCAUAAAUAAUAUUUGUUUUGAAGUACAAUUCAGUUUGUCAGGAAAAUGUGUUGAAAGUAAUGCAGUUGUACAUAAUUACUGUCCUAGUGUGUUCAGCCAGAAUUUUUAUUACAUUAUAGCAUUAGUGAUUAUUAUGAUUUCUUUGGUAACAUUUGGGUAUGUUAUACUUGCUCUAACAUUGAAUGAUAAUUUCCAAAAUCUACCUUGAUCAAAGAAAUUAUAGGCAUAUAGUACAUACACAGUACAUGUACCUUUUCAGUUACUUUACUAUUACAUAUGCAUUGAAUAAUUGAAAAUAGUUUUUUCUCAUCGAGGUAUACUAAAAACAGAAUGUUUUGUGCUUGAAUGUGCAGGGGUUAUGUAGAUGUAUUUUGGUGAAGUACAUGUUUAGAAAAGAUUCAAAAUUCAAUAAUAAGUAGCAUAUUUGAAACUUUCACUAAUAAUGAAAUGAAAGUUAAAAUACAGAUACCUUUUAGCUUGCUAUACUGCAUUAAAAUAAAAUUUUAAACUGUCAGGCAAGGCCAUCCCCUACCAGGUGUUAACUUCCAUAAUCACAUUUUCUCCUGUAUGGGCCACAGAAAUUUAAUAUUCCAAAAAUUGGUUUAUUUGUUACUGUCGUGCCAUAUUUAAUGAUUUUAUGUAGUAAUGUUGAGAUUUUCUAAAAAUGCAUAAUAGAUCAUGGAUGUCAGGUGUAGAAUGAUGUAGGCUUAUCUCAGUUGCCUCUGAUUUCAGAAGACCUUGGUGUGAUUGGUUACAGGAAGAUGUGGGUGCAUCCCUGGGUAUCAGUUUAAGGAAGACCUACAGUGGGUGUGAUUGGUUACAGGAAGAUGUAGACUUAUUAUUACCACGUAUCAGGUAUAGGAAGACCUAGGUGUGACUGGUUGGCAUUUAGGGAAAGCUCCCAAUUCACUCGGUUAUUGUAUAUAGAAAGGACUAAAUUAAAUUUAAUGAGUUAUAAGAAGUUAAAUUCACCUCAGGGUUAAGUAUAGGAAGACCUAGGUUCAGUCAUGAAUGUCAGAUAGGCAUGUGUAUUAGUAAUGUUAUGAUUUUUUCCAAAAAACUAUUAACUCUCAUCUUGUUUGUUUUUGAUACAAAAAUUAAUUGAAUUUCCUUACAUUUGCUGUAUUUGUCAUCAUUGAUUAGUAUUAAACACUUGUGUGGCAGUUUUAUGGUAGCUAUUAAACUAGUACGAACCUAACAAGAAACUAAUAAGAGCGCUUCAUGUCAUCCUUUUUCUGGUAACUAAUUUUUGUCUUUAAAUGAUAAUUGUAAUACAUGUAUUUAUUUUCAUUAUCAGGCUACCUCAGCCUGUAUUGAUAUCUUAAUGGUUUAUUACUCAAGUCUGUGAUAGAUUCCAGUCAGAUUUGGUUUCAGGUGAACUCACAUUUAGUUUCAGGACCUGCAGUGAUCCUUGGUUUUCCUAUUGUAUGUCCUCAUUUUGUAAUUAAUCCGUUGAGACACAUUCUACAUCUUGAUGCAUGUCUGUGAAUUUCUAAAAUUAAUUGUCCGUUGUAACUUAUUGCAAAUUGUUAUUAAAACAUUGUUAUCUGAUUGAAAAUCUUUUCUUGACUAGUAUAUCAAAGUUACUUAAAUCAUUUUAAACAACAUUGUGAAUGUGGAAAAUAUUUAUAACAAAGAUGUAAGCCAUAUUAGAAUAAUUUGUGUACAGUACUAUUUGUAGACAGCAGAUUACAUAUUUUAUAUUUGUGUCAACUCUUACUAAAGAAAAAAAAAUUUGAAUCUUUUGCUUUGUUCAUGCAUUUACAUAUUUUCUAGGUAAGACAAUAAAAAUUUAGAAUGGCUGUCAUCUGAACAUAGAGUAAUUGAAUAUGGUUUGAAAACCUUGCCAAAAUUAAUAAGCAUAUAAUUGGGUCUGUAAUGUAGUAGAAAAUUAUUAUAAAACUUUAAUUUUUUUACUGAGGCUUCAGACAUUUGCACAUAUGGCACAGUCUUUCACCCAUACUGUGGUUACUUGCCUCCGAUUUUUCCAAUGCUGACUAAGUCAGUCUUCAGUAAAUGACAUAGUAUACAUGUACUCUAUACACUAAUCUCAGUCCCGUCUCGGAAACCAAUUUGACUGAUUGUAUUAAUGAAAGGAAAAUUUUGUGAGAACAGUGGUAUAGUAUUGUUUUAAAUUAUGCUAAUUAAGGAAAGAAUCAGUAGGCUAGUGUAAACUUUUAUUAAAAAAUGGGUUGGAUACUGUUACAUUCAAGCAAUGUCAUCUGUUGACCUCCAGUUGCAUCCUCAGCCUACCUUGUGUUAUGGCUGAAGAUAAUUUGUGUGUAUAAUGUAUGAUAGUGUUUUAUGUACAUAUUAUUGAAAGGCAUAAGAAUGCUGCCAAGUGCAUCAUACCAUUGCUCAUAUAAAGAUACGUAUAGUACAGUACUUUAUGAUAAUCUGAACAAUUUUGAAUAUGUUCUGAAUUCAUUCUUGUGUUAUUGUGGCCUUUAAGAGGUUGAUGCACUUGCAAUUGUCACCUAAAAAUAAAAUGAUUCAAGUGCUGUAUCCUCUUUUUAAAAAAAAAUAUUCUGGUAUCCCUUGGGCACUAUUUUUUACUUUCAGUUGUAUUUAGAAUCAAUUAAUAUAUUUAACUGUUGUCCAUUUUUUUAAAUAAAGGAAUAAAAAGUGUGUUAAAGACUCCAUUACUAAACAGGCCAAUUAACACUGAUAAAUCUUGUUGGGUUGUCAUUUGAAUACAUAUGUUAUUUUGUAUAUAGUUUUAUAUAUUUUGCAGCUGUCAAAUCCAUUUAUAGAUAUCUAAAGUGAUGAAUCAAGUUCUACGAUUAUUUGAGGUGAAAUUUGCUCUGCACCUUAUCAUUCAUUUAUAACAUUAAAAUCAUAAAUUUUUAUUUUUAAAAUGGUCUUUAGUGAAAGAUUUUUAAGCAGCCAUUGUAAGAACUUGUCAUGAACACCUGGGAAAAUAUUUAAUAUAUAGUUAUUUUUGUUCGUGCAUUUCAGAAAUGUUAUAAUCUAUCGCCUCAUCAUGUGAAUAUGUGUAAUAAAGUUUGUCAUAAUAUUUUGCUCA